AUGACCAUCUUCCUAGCCUCGCUGUUCCUGCCGAAAACGGUCUAUUUCAAGUUACCAGAUGCACCGCCUGCCAGCGAACGCCAUAGCCAAAGACAGAACAACAAGAAAUCGUCGAAACGACCCCCCCUCGAGCUUCGUACGAGUCUAUUUCCCGAUCCUACUAUCACUCCUCCCAAGACGCCAGAGGAGGAAACUACCUACCUUGACGAUGGUAUUUUCGUGAACGAAGACGGCCUGCGUGUACUCAACGUUUCGGACGACGAGGAAUUCCGAGCAGCCCCUACGGAUAAGGAAUCCCCAAAAUGGGGCGGUCGAGCGAACCAACCGAAGUCUCGAGCAAACUCACCACCCCCGGCCUCUCUGUUAGAGCAUGCGAGGACAUUGGAAAAGGCUAAGGAACUUGGACGACAAGGAAUCCUCCAACCUCGAGUAACCCGAAGCGAUAGUCAUGACAGGGUCUUCGCUCACGCCAACUGGCGUAUCGUGAACGCUGACCAGGGCAACGGCGGCCUUAGGAAUGCUGCUGAAGCCGCGGCACGAGAGGGCCACCCUGAAGAAUACUCUUGGGUCGGUACCUUGGGUAUGCCUACAGAUGCACUUGAGGGAACACAGCAGAAGGAAGACAUCAACGACAGAUUCGUAACCGAAUUUAGCAUGUACCCUGUGUUCUGCUCCGAUAAAGACUUCGAUGGUCAUUACCUACACUUCUGCAAGCAAAUUCUGUGGCCUGUCUUCCACUACCAGAUCCCAGAUAACCCGAAGAGCAAGGCAUAUGAAGAUCAUUCAUGGCAAUUCUACGUCAACCUCAACCAAGCGUUCGCGGAUAAGAUUGUCAAAAAUUGGAAACGAGGUGACACCAUCUGGGUUAACGACUACCAUCUCCUGCUGGUACCUGGCAUGAUUCGUAAAAAGCUCCCAGAUGCUAAGAUCGGUUUAUUUUUGCACGUCGCUUUCCCUUCAUCCGAAGUUUUCCGAUGCCUCGCCGUGCGAAAACAAUUGUUGGAGGGCAUGCUUGGCGCCAAUCUGAUUGGUUUUCAAAUCCACGAGUAUACCCGUCACUUCCUUCAGACAUGUAGCCGCUUGCUAGCCGUGGAGGCGACACCCGACGGCGUUCAGUUGGAGGACCGGUUCGUCAAUGUUAUGAAUCACGCUAUCGGUAUCGACCCUAUCAACCUCGAUACCCAUCGCCAGGAAGCCGAGGUAAUGAGGUGGAUCGAGAUCAUGAGGGAACGAUACAAGGGCAAGAAAAUCAUUGUUGCUCGUGACAAGCUCGAUCAUGUUCGUGGUGUCCGACAAAAGCUUCUCUCCUAUGAGCUGUUUCUUAACAAGAACCCUCAGUGGAGAGACAAGGUUGUCCUUAUCCAAGUUGCUCUGUCGACUGGUGAGAAGACCGACCUUGACGCUGCUGUUGGUGACAUUGUCACCAGAGUGAACUCGAACUGGGCUAACCUCGCCUACCUACCUCUUGUGUACCUAAAGCAAGAUAUUCCAUACCCUCAAUACCUCGCUCUAUUAACGAUUGCCGAUGCGCUCAUGAUCACGAGUCAGCGUGAGGGCAUGAACUUAACGUCCCACGAAUUCAUCGUCUGCCAAGACGGGAAGUACUGUGACAAGAAGCACGGGUCUCUUAUUCUAUCCGAGUUCACUGGUACUUCGUCCCUCUUUGGCAACAAGGAAUUAUCCGUAAACCCAUGGAGCUACCGACAGUGCUCUGAGGCUAUCAAGCAGGCCCUUGAAAUGUUCGAGGGCGAGAAGACAGAAAGAUGGGAAGCACUUCGUGAAGUUGUCGGCCAUCACACCGGAAGCCACUGGUUUUCCGGAUUCCUAGACUCUCUAGAUCAAGUUUACGAGGAGCAACACCGUCAUGAUCAGACGUCCGUUCCUCGAUUGAACUUGACCGCUCUUGGCAAGAGGUAUUCCCAAAGCCAAACCCGACUCUUCUUCCUUGACCUGGAAGGCACACUAAUACCUUAUGGUCCGAUGAACGAGAUCAUCCCCAUGAAUCCUCAGCGUACUCUGGAUGUAUUAAAUGAUCUUGUUGAUGACCCCCGGAACACUGUAUAUGUGAUGUCUGGACGUAGACCCGAGGAGUUGGACCGACUUCUCCGUCUGGUUCCUAACCUUGGUCUCAUAGCCGAAAAUGGAAGUUUCAUUAAGUUUGCCGGUAAGACCACUUGGACCGAGGUGGCAGACCACGACAAAGUUGCUGCUUGGAAAGAAUCGGUUCGAGGAAUCCUUCAAUACUACCUCGAACGUACUCCAGGAUCGGAAAUCGAGGAUCGCAAUUCCUCGUUAAUAUUCCAUUACAAAAAUGCCGAUGAUUACGCUAACGCUGAACGACAAGCAAGCGAUUGGACUGGUCAUAUUAAUGAAUCCUGCGAGGAACAACGAGUUCAUGCCACGCAGCUAGACAACUGUGUUGUCGUCGAAUCAAUUGACUGGACCAAGGAAACCGCCGCCGUCCAGGUCUUCGGCCACACGAACCAAGAAUCAUUAGACUUACAAAACAGCCCAAUCGACUUCCUCAUGGUUGUUGGCGACGGCCGUGAAGACGAAAAGGUCUACAAGUGGGCAAACAGCCUACACGGCGCUAAACGGGUAAAAGAAGUUAUUACAGUGAGCUUAGGUAACCGGAAUACCGAAGCCACCUCCACCUUGACUCAAGGUGUCAGCGGUGUACUUGUAACACUUCAGAAGCUUGCCGGACUUUCUUAG